GAAUACUGACUUCUGCAGUCUGUGGAGCAGCGAGCAGCUCAGCAGCCUCACACUGACCCGCUCAUCCACCGCGCUGCACCACAGAACCUCUGAACCACAGCAGCUCUUCAUCACCUUCAUCCUCCUCACUCUCUCAGGAUCAAACUUCAAACAUGGACUCAUCUCACAUCUCUGCUGAGGAGAUACAAGACCUGAGAGACGCCUUCAUGAAGAUAGACAUAAACAACGAUGGCUUCAUCAGCAAAGAUGAACUGAACGAACUCUUCAGAGCGGCUAAUCUUCCUCUGCCUGGAUACAAGGUCAGAGAGAUCGUCCAGGACCUGACCUGCAGCAGCCACACGCUGACCUUUGACCAAUUCACCCAGAUUGUUCACGGGUUAAAAAGCACUGAAGUUGCUAAAACGUUCAGAAAAGCCAUAAACAAGAAAGAAGGAAUCUGUAACGUGGCAGGAAGAUCAGAGCAAACUGGAACACAACAUUCAUACUCAGAGGAGGAGAAAGUGGCGUUUGUGAACUGGAUCAACAAAGCUCUCGAGAAAGACUCUGACUGUAAACAUGUGGUUGCGAUGGAUCCAAACAACGACGACCUGUUCGCGGCUGUGGGCGACGGAAUCAUCCUGUGUAAAAUGAUCAAUCUGUCCGUCCCUGACACCAUCGACGAGAGGACCAUCAACAAGAAGAAGCUCACGCCCUUCACCAUCCAGGAGAACCUGAACCUGGCUCUGAACUCCGCCUCUGCCAUCGGCUGCCAUGUGGUCAACAUUGGAGCUGAGGACCUGAAGGAGGGCAGGCAGCACCUGGUCCUGGGUCUGCUGUGGCAGGUCAUCAAGAUCGGACUGUUCGCCGACAUCGAGCUCACCAAGAACGAAGCUCUGAUCGCUCUGCUGCGUGAUGGAGAGAGUCUGGAGGAUCUGAUGAAACUGUCUCCUGAGGAGCUGCUGCUGCGCUGGGCCAACUAUCACCUGGAAGAGGCGGGAAGUAACAAGAUCAACAACUUCAGCUCGGACAUCAAGGUUACACACACACACACACACUCACACAUUCAUUCAUUCACACAAACUCUCAGUCAGUCAGUUAUAAUCAGUGUGUGUGUGUGUGUGCAGGACUCCAGAGCGUACUAUCACCUGCUGAACCAGGUGUCUCCUAAAGGAGACGAGGAAGUCCCGCCCAUCGUCAUGGACCUAUCAGGACUGAGGGAGAAGGACGACCUGAAGAGGGCGGAGCUAAUGCUGGAGCAGGCGGAGCGUCUGGGCUGCAGACAGUUCGUGAUGCCUCCAGACGUCGUGAGAGGAAAUCCCAAACUCAACCUGGCCUUCGUCGCUAAUCUGUUCAACAAGUACCCGGCUCUGAAGAAACCCGAGAACCAGGACAUCGACUGGAGCUCCAUCGAAGGUGAAACCAGAGAAGAAAAAACCUUCAGGAACUGGAUGAACUCUCUGGGAGUGAAUCCUCGAGUCAAUCAUUUAUACACAGACAUCGAUGACGCUCUGGUGAUUUUCCAGUUGUACGAGAAGAUCAAGGUUCCUGUGGACUGGGAUCGAGUCAACAAGCCUCCAUAUUCUAAACUGGGCAGUAACAUGAAGAAGCUGGAGAACUGUAACUACGCCGUGGAGCUCGGGAAGAAGGAGGCCAAGUUCUCUCUGGUGGGCAUCGCGGGUCAGGACCUGAACGCCGGGAAUCGAACCCUCACUCUGGCUCUGCUGUGGCAGCUCAUGAGACGCUACACUCUGAACAUCCUGGAGGACCUGGGCGACGGACAGAAGGUGACGGACGACACCAUCGUGGCGUGGGUCAACGACAUGCUGACGCAGGCCGGGAAAAAAAACAUCUCUGGCUUUAAGGACUCGUCCAUCAGCAGCAGUAUGCCGGUCCUGGACCUGAUCGACUCCAUCCAGUCUGGAUCGGUCAGAUACGACCUGCUGAAGACGGACGACCUCAGUGACGACGAGAAACUCAACAAUGCAAAAUACGCCAUCUCCACUGCGAGGAAGAUCGGCGCCCGCGUGUACGCGCUGCCCGAGGACCUGGUGGAGGUCAAACCCAAGAUGGUGAUGACAGUGUUUGCCUGCCUGAUGGCGCGCGGCAUGAAGAGGGUGUGAGGACGCCACGGAGGCGGGGCCAUGGGGGCGGGGCCACAGGGCCCGCUAAUCCCUCCUAUCUACAAAGCUUUCCUCACAGGCAGAAAGGACGUGAUUGGCCGAGUCAAAGCCCAGGAGGUCGGAGCCACACAAUGCUGAAGUUUAACUCGAUUGUUACAAUAAUCAAUCUUAAUCAAUAUCAUAACCAAACACUGAUGAUUCAUAUUUAUUGAUGAUUGAUUAUCAGUUUGAUUUCUGCCUCUUUUUUUAAAAACAUGUUUUUGUCUCAACUUUUCAAACAAAUCAAUAAACUUUCAAACAAAAUUUGUCUGUCACACACUGACCUUUGACCCUAACCCAAGUCUCUGUCACACACACACUGACCUUUGACCCUAAUCCAAGUCUCUGUCACACACACUGACCUUUGACCCUAACCCAAGUCUCUGUCACACACUGACCUUUGACCCUAACCCAAGUCUCUGUCACACACACACUGACCUUUGACCCUAAUCCAAGUCUCUGUCACACACACUGACCUUUGACCCUAACCCAAGUCUCCGUCACACACACUGACCUUUGACCCUAACCCAAGUCUCUGUCACACACACACUGACCUUUGACCCUAAUAGGUCUCUGUCACACACACUGACCUUUGACCCUAAUCCACAUCUGUCAUACACAGAGCAGAAACGAUUAAUCGAUUACUAAAUUAAUCGACAACUAUUUUGAUAAUCGAUAUGAAGUUUGUUUCAUGAUUAAAACAAGAUUUCUGAUUGUUUAAGCUUCUUAAUUGUGAAUAUUUUCUUAGAAAUCAUUAAAAGUGAAUCACUUUGGUUUGUGGACAAAACAAAA